AGGGCGGAGCCUUAUAAAUCAUCCUAAGCUGAGUGCAUUAAGUUUCCAAGUAAAAUCCCUUAAUUUUAUCGUACUUUUCCAGCAGAAAAUGUCUUGCUGCGGAGGAAAAUGUGGCUGUGGCUCUGGCUGCAAUUGCGGCAGUGGCUGCAAUGGAUGCGGCAUGUACCCAGACUUGGGUUUCUCUGAGACCUCCACAACUCAGACAGUCAUAGCUGGUGUUGCUCCGGUUAAAAUGUUCUGUGAGGGGUCCAAGAUGAGCUUCGGUGCUGAGAAUGACUGCAAAUGUGGGUCCAACGGCACCUGUGAUCUAUGCUCCUGCAAAUGAGGAAACGUAGCCGCAUGGCUCGAACCAGACAGUCAUAUGGCCUCUUAUAAAUAAAAAGGAGAAGUUAUUUCUGAUAUAGUGCUUGGUAUAAAUAAAAGUGCAGCUAGCCAUGGGUUGCUCGAAUCCUUUAUGUAGGAUCUCAUUUGAUGGCUACUGCUCUGUUCGUGUUUUGUGUUUCCCUCCUGCUUUGUUGGUUUCACUGCAAGGAGUUUUUAUUUAUGUCUUCAGUUCUUACUGCAGUGAAAUACUAAUAUCAGUUGAAUUAUGAAUUA